CGCAGCCCAGCCACACCUGCUCUGGAAAGCCCUGUAGCUCCUGGGCGGGGUUUGCCAGUCACCGAUGCUGGAAGGGUUUCUUUGGCCCUGAGUGAAGAGAGACCCACAGGGAACGCUGAGGUGCCUGCCCAACCACUCUGUCCCGGUUUCCUUCAGCAGGACCAGGUGAGAGAAGCCAUGCUGGUCGUUCAGAUGCCUUUCUCCUUUCCCGUGGCCCACUUCAUCCUGUUUGUCUUUACGGUGUCCACUAUAUUUCACAUUCAGCAGCGGCUAGCGAAGAUUCAAGCCAUGUGGGAGUUACCGGAGCAGAUACCAGUGCUAGCCUCAACAUCAAAGGCACUGGGACCCAGCCAGCUCAGGGGGAUAUGGACAAUCAAUGCGAUAGGCCGCCUGGGGAACCAGAUGGGUGAGUACGCCACGCUGUACGCCCUGGCCAAGAUGAACGGGCGGCCCGCCUUCAUCCCGGCCCAGAUGCACAGCACCCUGGCCCCCAUCUUCAGAAUCACCCUGCCGGUGCUGCACAGCACCACGGCCAGCAGGAUCCCCUGGCAGAACUACCACCUGAACGACUGGAUGGAGGAGAAGUACCGCCACAUCCCAGGGGAGUACGUCCGCCUCACGGGCUACCCCUGCUCCUGGACCUUCUACCACCACCUCCGCCACGAGAUCCUCCAGGAGUUCACCCUGCACGACCACGUGCGGGAGGAGGCCCAGAAGUUCCUGCGGGGCCUGCAGGUAAAUGGGAGCCAGCCGGGCACCUUUGUAGGGGUCCAUGUUCGCCGAGGGGACUAUGUCCAUGUCAUGCCAAAAGUGUGGAAGGGGGUGGUGGCCGACCGGCGAUACCUACAGCAGGCCCUGGACUGGUUCCGAGCUCGCUACAGCUCCCCCAUCUUCGUGGUCACCAGUAAUGGCAUGGCCUGGUGUCAGGAGAACAUUGACACCUCCCACAGUGAUGUGGUGUUUGCUGGCGAUGGCAUUGAGGGCUCACCUGCCAAAGAUUUUGCUCUACUCACACAGUGUAACCACACCAUCAUGACCAUCGGGACAUUCGGGAUCUGGGCCGCAUACCUUGCGGGUGGGGACACCAUCUACCUGGCCAAUUACACCCUCCCCGACUCCCCUUUCCUCAAAAUCUUUAAGCCAGAGGCAGCCUUCCUGCCGGAGUGGACGGGGAUUGCCGCAGACCUGUCCCCCUUACUCAAGCACUAAUGCUGGCCCGUCCUUUGAGAACUUUUCUCCUUCUCUGGCUCCCUCAAGAUGAGUGCCCGGGCAUGAGAGGCAUGUGGUUCUAUGAGCAGGACCCAUAUCUCUUCUGUGAAGAUGCGUUGGGCUGCAAGUAACAGAAAUCUCAAUGAACAGUGGCCUGGCGUGGUGGCUCAUGCCUGUAAUCUCAGCACUUUGGGAGGCCGAGGCGGGUGAAUCACUUGAGGUCAGGAGUUCAAGACUAGCCUGGCCAACAUGGUGAAACCCUGUCUCGACUAAAAAUACAAAAAUUAGCCAGGCGUGGUGGUGCACACUUGUAAUCCCAGCUACUCGGGAGGCUGAGGCAAGAGAAUUGCUUGAACCCAAGAGGCGGAGGUUGCAGUAAGCCGAGAUGGUGCCACUGCACUCCAGUCUGGGUGACAGAGCAAGACUACGUCUCAAAAAAAAAAAAAAAAAAGAAAAGAAAAGAAAAAGAAAUGAACGGGUUCAAAGACCAUAAUCAUACAUAUCACACAAGAUAAGAAGUGGCCCAGCUUCAGGGUCAGUUAAUUUAGCAGCUCCACAAAGUCAUCAGUCACCUGAGCUCCAUCCAUCUUCAUAUGCUGUGCUACCAUUUCUUAGCUGUAUCAUCCCACGGUCCCAAAAGGGCUGCUACACAUCCAGCCAUCACAUACAAAUAAUUCCUUUCAAAAACAGCAGAAAGAGGCUGGUUCUUGUCUUGGUCCCUUUUGAAGAAUGAAUGAAACCUUCCUAAGCCUUCCAGCAAUUUCCCCCCAACUCCGAUGGGUAGGAAUUGUCACAUACCCAUGUGACCCGAUAGGAGGCAAAAGAAAUGAGACUUCUGGGAUUAGUUUAGCCUCAGAUUGUGCAGCUGGGAAGUUGAUCAGCUGCCUCUGAAGGACAUGCAGCUGGCAGAAAAUUAGAGAAAAGGGGAAAUGGCUUUAGGGUAGACAACAGGGAUGCCCUGAGGGGUUGUGUAGGUUGUUCACUGCAUGAAGUCCCCUGGUCAAGAAGGCAAGUGGGGUUUAAACAGACCCACAGUCUACUCAUCAAACAAGGUGUCCUUGGCAUUGUGUCCACCCAGAGAGCUCA